UGAGCAGAGGAGAUUAUUUGUUAAUAAAAAUGCCGAAUAUGCCGCAGAAUCAACAUGGGAGAGAUCGGUCGAAAAGCAUUUUGUUCGAGAAAAUAGAGUUUCUGAUACAUUUCCAUUGCGGAAAUUGUUAAGUGUGAUUUCGCGUCUACCCUGGCUGCAACUCAGCUGGUUGGAGCGCCAUGAAGUGAGUGUGCCAAAUGCGUCUCUGGUGUGAAGGUUGAACACCUUCACAGUAUUAUUCGAGCUUCCCGUUCCCUCUUUCUAAAUGUGCAGAGCUGAGAUGUAAAGAGCUUUGCACUCCUGGUGCGAGGGGGGAAUCCAAAGUGAUGCAUGUCAAUUUCUCCAGGCAUCUGGUCACAUGACUGCCCUGUCCCUGCGAUGUAUGGAGAUACAUUUCCACGUCAGCUUACGUUUCCAAAUUUUUACUCCGCGGAUCAGCUUCAAAGAGGCAGCAGCAUCUAAGGACCAUGUUUAGCUGUGCGAAUGCAAGCUAUUCUUGCGCUAGGGGACCCCAAGCAAGCGAUGAUGGAUUUUGAUGAGCGGGUUUCUUGUGGCUCUAAUCUUUAUUUGCCUAGCUGCACCUAUUAUGUCUCGGGUCCGGAUUUCUCCAGUCUGCCUUCUUUUCUACCCCAAACGCCGGCUUCUCGCCCCAUGACAUACUCCUACUCGUCCAAUAUCCCCCAGGUUCAACCUGUGCGAGAAGUUACCUUCAGAGACUAUGCCAUCGAUCCUUCCAAUAAGUGGCAUCACAGGGGGAAUCUCCCGCACUGCUACUCCGCAGAGGAGCUGAUGCACAGAGAAUGUCUGCCUGCCAGUACCAUGGGCGAGAUGUUAAUGAAAAAUAGCGCCAGCGUUUACCACCCCAGCUCCAACGCGUCCUCCAGCUUCUACAACCCGGUGGGGAGGAACGGGGUCCUGCCGCAAGGAUUUGACCAGUUUUUCGAGACUGCCUACGGUUCCAGUGAGAAUCAGCAGUCGGAGUAUUGCGGGGAGAAGAGCCCAGAUAAAGCGCCGUCUGCGGCAACUUCAAGUUCGGAGACUUCGAGGGUGUCUGUGGAGAAGGAGACGAGCCCGGGGAGUAGCAGCCCGGAGUCUUCUUCCGGCAACAAUGAGGAAAAAGGCAGCAACUCCAGUGGCCAGCGUACACGCAAAAAGCGGUGCCCCUACACCAAGUACCAGAUCCGGGAGCUGGAGAGAGAAUUUUUUUUCAGUGUCUACAUCAACAAAGAGAAGCGGCUGCAACUUUCCCGGAUGCUCAACUUAACCGACCGGCAAGUUAAAAUUUGGUUUCAGAACAGGAGGAUGAAGGAAAAGAAGCUAAACAGGGACCGCCUUCAGUAUUACACCACGAAUCCAUUGCUCUGAGAUUAGACUGCGAUUACAAAGAGGAAUUUCUCCUUCCUAUGGUCUCCUUCUACGAAGAAAGCGGCCAGGGCGAAAGCAGAGGUAAAACAAAAACUCAAGUUCGAGUUUGAGAGCAGACACUUUAGUACAGUUUUGACAGGCCGGACAACUUUGCAAAACUAACUGGGACGUCUAAGUUUCAACUUUAAACAGUAACUGGAAUUAAUGAUCAUCGUUUGUUUCACAUAACACAUUAUUAUAUUCUCACUUGUGUGAUCGACAUGCUUUGUACAAAGGGUGUCUCGAGAGAUAAUUGUUGAGAUGCCAAUGUGAAUGCUUGGAUUUAGUUCAGCGAAACAGAAUUGUCUUAAUUCGAAGGAGAAUGCAGCAUCGUUUUGAAUUCAGACCUGUGCAUUGGAGCCCUAGGAGAACCAGUUGACUGUUGUGGACCAGCUGCAAUAUAAAAACAAAGUAAUAAAAUGUGCGCAUGCUUUAGAUUAGGAAGCUUUCGGUGGCGCUCACUAUCAAUCACAACUAUUGGAUAUAUAUUUUUUAUCUUCAGUUACAAGGAGUAGCAACCAACCUCGUUCUUUUUGUAACUGACCUUUCCGUAAGGGUGGGGGGAGUGUUGGGUUGGGGGGCUGGUGGUGGUUAGCGCGACUGUUCUCUAAACAAUGCCUGCUCAUCACUGCUUAGGAGACUGAAACUUGUCUGUAUAAAAGACAGAUUAAAACCUAGAUCUCAACAAUAAAUCCGUGUGUUUUUUCUACAAAUAAUGAGGAGUAGUUCCCGCCCCCACCCCUCGUUCCCCAAAAGGAGAGCAUGCAUGUAAAUAUGCAACCUGGAAUUCAUUCUCAAAAGAUGGCUGCUGUUGGGAAUCACAGGCAUUUUUGUGUCAAAUUCAUGUUCACCUCCAAAAUAAGCAAGUGUAAUUAAAUUCUGUUUAGAAUGUAAAGUUUGUACCUUUUUUGGCGUGGUACUCUCUAUAUAAACACUUUACCGUUUAAAACAUAGCUUGGGGUUAUAGAAAACGGGCUAUCUUAUGCUUGCUGAAGCAAUCCGUGAGUGGUUAUUUGUACUUGACAUAUUGUGCGUCGUUAUUUGCAAAUGCAGUUUUUACGUUUAACUUUUCAAAGAGAAGGGAUACUACCCAUGAUGACAUACUUGAGCACAAAUUAUUGUAAAUAUUUUGCUCUUUUCGUACAAUAUGAAUGUGUAUUGACAGUUUUAAAUAGGAAUAGAGUUUAAAAACUGCUGCUCAUGCAUCUAUUAUUUUCACGGAUUCCUUCAAAAGAUGACAAGUCUGCAGUGCUUACAAUAUUGAAGCCAUCUUUGUCCGUGUGAACCAAAGACAAAAAAUUAUUUUCAUUGAACACAUACGUGUUUUAUUGCACAAUGGUAACAUUUCCUGUAAUUCACCGAGUAAUUUUUUAAUAGGCCGAGAUACCUACAGGCCGCAUUAUACAAAGAUCGCCUAUUCGUUACCUGGUAACAUAUGCCAGCCUUUUAAAAUAGUUCUUUUUAUUAUAUCAAUCGAAUCUAAAUGUUUGUGUGGUCUCCAUCAGGACCCUCAUUAAAAGUAGGUGGUUUCCUUGUACCUUCACAUGAAAAGAUAAAUGGCAGCGGCCGAAUAUCUGCCUUUAUCCCCCUUUUUUCGGUAAAGUUGGUUUAAUUUGCAAGACACUGAAACAUAUUAAAAUGAUUGGACGAUGCCCCACACACUGGGGUGUUUUUGUUUUGCAUUAAGCGCUUGGAUUUUAAAAACAAACUGCAACUUCCUUUAUGGGGAUACUUUUAAUCAAAUUCUGUUUAAUUAAAUGUGAUGCCAACAUUUGCUUAACAUUUGUAUAUAAUUUAUAUUUAUCGGUUUGAAUAAAAGGGUGUAAGAUUUGCAUGUACGCGUCCAGAGAGCGCACAGUGAGAUUCGAGGUGGAAAAAUAAACAUUUUUUUUCUUGAGGACGAUCCAUGUAGGCUUCUUCAACUUUGCCGGUAUUCACGACAAAAAGUAAAAGACCUGCGAAGAGCUGUAUUAUUGUGUGUUUCAUGUACGUAACCAACAAUCAUUAAAGCUGGUAACAUUCCACUUCAUCCUAAA